UUUGGAUUGAGUCUGAGAUUUGACCAGUCGACCGGAGACUACAUGUCGCACAAGUGCUUCUAGGCUAACAGGUCUUCUCAGUAGUUUUCCAUUGGUUCUCCAAUGUUGAACUCUGUCAAGCGGCGUUCCGUGUCUCGUAAGGCCACAGACCUCAAAGUUCACUAACGUUACGAGGGUGAUAAUCAUUGACAGGUCAUCGUUCACGUCCUUGUAUAUGGUAUAUGCUUUUGCGGCAGCGAAGCCGUUCGGACGCGCAUCAGUAAGCUGCCAAAUCUACGUCACAUCCUUUAUCUCCUGCAGGAUGACAGUACUUAUCUACUAACGGGGUUGCGUUCCCACUUGGAGUAGGCGCGUUCUGGAAACGACAUGGAAGUCAACGCUUUCCUCCGAAUCAAAGCUUCUCUCCAGAAUUGAACAGCAAAGGUGAAUUAUACUAAUAAAAAUAAAAUGCAUUCUAGCCGCUCGUGGCUAGCAUGCUCAUGUCUAACUACCAUGUUCUGUGUUGUCACGUGGGCUGGUAAAUUCUCUUCCUCCACGCCUUUACGUUUGACUCCACGUACUACGCCAAUGCGAGGCAUCGUCGACCCGUGGAUCGGCCAGCACCGUGGCGUGUCCGUAGUCGGUGCAAUCGCUAGAAGAUAUUGUUACUCACAAUACAUCUGUAUAUUAUCCAUCAUAGGUGUGACUUGGAGCUUUGUCAAAAAUCUGACACGCCCGCUCCGUCUAAUCAUCCCUGCUAGUAGUAUACAUCCACUGCAUUGCCAAAACCUUACGCCCAAAGAACUUUUAUUUUCUGACCCCAAAUCUUCGCUAACCUCAUCUGGAAGCGAUAUUCCACUAUCUCCGCGUUGAUGUCAUAUUCUCC